CUAUAAAAAUGAUUUAAUUAAAAUGAAACUUUAACAAACAUGGAAUAAAAACCACAUCACCAUGUCAUACAUCAGUAUUUUUAUGAUGAGCGUGGCCAUAACCUACAGUGUUCCCAUAGAAAAUAGCACAGUUACCCUGAAUUCUACAAGUAUUAGUUCUACCUCAAAUGUCUCUACAACUCUAGACAAACCUAUCCUUCGAAAUCUGGAAGACAAUACUCCAGGAAAGUGCUGCACUGAUCCGUCAAAAAAGUGUUGUCCGUACGAUUACGACGCUAAUAAAUGUGAAAGUAUAGAAAGUAGGAAGCUUUGUGGAUAUAAUAAGAACCAGAAGAAACCUGAUAGUGCUCCAGUUCAUGUUACCAAGAUGGGUCUGGAUUGUAAGAUAGUUGAGGAACGCGUUGAGUGUGGGUACGAGAAAGGACCUGAAGUUGCGAAUCUGGAAUCUAAAACUGGACCACAAAAAUCAUAGUAACUAAAAAAUAUACAGCGCUAUAAAUAAAGUCGCAGAA